GAUACAUAACAACUUACUAUCGGUAAAAAAGGUCUAGUUUCCUGCCAAAACAGAGAAAAGAAGUUCCACUCACUGAGAAAUAGUUAGGAAAGCGACACUGGAUAAGGUGGCAGAAUGCUGAAUAAUCUUUGAACCUUUCAUUGCCCAUUACAAACUGCAUCAGCAAUCACGUCUUCACUGAAAACUCAAGGCUGCUAAAGGAUAAAAGGAGAGACUCAGGGACAAACCCAUUAUGAAGUCAGUAAUAGCUCAAGUCCUGCUAGCAUGUACACUGGUCUACACGAAGGAUGGACCAUCACCGUCUUCAUCAUUGCCUCCUCGAUCACCGAUUUCACCUACUACUCCAUCAGUGAUCACAGAACCACUGUCCCAUGUUGCUUGCGAUUUCAAUGACGGAUCGACGUGCAACUGGAAACAAAUCAAAACGGAUAACUUCGACUGGACGGUGAAUGAAGGUCCAACUCCUGAGAGUAAUACUGGUCCUGAGAAAGGCAGCGAUGGAGGCAAGUACGCGUACAUCCGGGUUCAUGAUCACAAGCUUGGCGAAAAUGCAACGCUGAUUCUGAGAGACUUCAGGUUGAAAAUGAACACGUGUUUCAGCUUGAUGUACCACAUGUUUGGUCAAGACAUAGAGACGCUAGAAAUACGUCAAGACGGCAGGUUGUUGAUGAGAUUAUCAGGGCCACAGGGGAACAAAUGGAAGCAAGUACGCGUACAUCCGGGUUCAUGA